ACCUGGAAACCCCUGAUCUUCUCUCAACGUGAUGGAUGCAGAUGUGGGUCUGCAGGAGGAGGAUAUGGAGGGCUCAUGGACGCUGCUGUCCUGGCUGGCCUCCUGUCUCAUGGUUUUUGGAGGAGCCCUUCCCUACAUACCCCAGUACCAGGAGAUCCAGAGGAGCAACAACACCGAGGGUUUCUCCACCCGAGUCUGUCUGGUGCUGCUCAUCGCCAACAUCCUGCGCAUCUUCUUCUGGAUAGGGAAGCAGUUCGAACUCACCUUGCUGCUCCAGAGCGUGGUCAUGAUCCUCACCAUGUUUGCCAUGAUCCACCUCUGCUGCACGGUCCAAAACACCAACCGAGUGAGCACCAAGCAACACCGGCUUUCAGACUUGGACGUUCGCUACUUCUGGAAGUGGAGCGCAUUCGAGGACUACCUGCUCUUCUGUUUCGGUUUCACCGUGCUGAGCGCCGUGGUCACUCUGCUGCUGCUGGACUCGGCCAUGUUUGUGGAGACGCUGGGCUCCCUGGCGGUGAUGUUCGAGGCCAUGCUGGGCCUACCGCAGCUAUUGCAGAACUUCCAAAACCGCUCCACCAAAGGCAUGAGUGUGAAGAUGGUGCUGCUUUGGACGGCCGGUGACGUCUUUAAGACCACCUACUUUGUGAUGAACGCCAGCCCCACUCAGUUCUGGGUUUGCGGUUCAGUCCAGAUCCUGAUCGACGUGGCCAUCCUGCUCCAGGUCCUGUUGUAUAGCCAGGACACACGCAUCAAACUAGGCUGA